CUUGCUCUCGUCGCCAUCAUAUUCGCCGUACUGUGCGGCGGCGUCGACAUCCUUGGAUUGUCAUAUACUUCGCAUUGCGUGUCAGGACGACUUAAUCUGCGGGAACACGACUCUUCAAGCCGACGAGAUGCCCCGUCGACUCGUCAGCGUCACACGUUGUGACAGUGGGGAUAUAAGGCCGACGACCGAGCACACUAAGUACUGCCCACUACUCUGAUCAGCGGUUAUGUCUGGGACGUUCACUUGUCUCGACUGUGGCAAAAGCUUCCGCGAUGCCAGCGGUUUGGGGAGCCAUAGCAAAUCGAAGAAACACGGCUGGAUUCAAGUCGACGUGUCGUCGUGGAUUUCGAGCAUCGCGACGGCUCCUGCCUCAAUGACCGCUGCCGUACCAGCGGCAGCGACAGAUGGAAUACCAGCAAGUGCCGCUACAGCAGCAUCUGCCUCUGGUCCUGCGACUACCUCUGCGCCUGGUGGCUCGGAGUAUAAAUGCAUGAUGUGCGAUCUGACCUUCGGGUCGGACAGUGAGAUUAGUACGCACUACAAGAGAUCUCCUCUCCAUCCAAUAUGCGGAAGAUGCGGAAAACCGUUCUAUGAUAAGAGUGAAUUUGCUCGGCACCUUCGUGCUGCGCAUGCGUAUGACACAUGUGUCUGCGGAGUGACCAUAGGACUCGAUGACGCGUCCGCACACUACAAAAAGUCCCUGUGGCAUCCCAAGUGCGUCAGUUGCGGGUACGCUUUCAAGGAUGCUGUCGCGCUGGUUUCGCAUCAAAAAACCUCUCACUAUGAUCAAUAUUGUCUCCGCUGCGAUCUCUGGUUCCAGACGAAGCCAGAUUUGCAUCGGCAUUUCUUCCUGUGCUUCGCACACCCUCGUUGCGUCGAGUGCAAGGAAGGUUUCACGGGUCAUGCAGAGUACUUUCAGCAUAUGGCUAUGAUACAUCAACCGAAGGUCACGGCCAACACACCAGUCAAGGUGGUGCCAUUACCCAACAUAUCAGUCAAGAAGGUUGUGACGGUUUCCCAGCUUCCUCCUCAAAAGCCCGCAACGUGUCGCUGCGACCACUGUGACAUGGGCUUUACGAAUGUGAGAAUGCUCAGGAAACACAACCGCGAGACGCCUCUGCACCCGUGCUGUAUACUGUGCGAUACAGCUUUCAAAACGUACGAGAAAUAUGAGAACCAUAUGAUAAAAAAACAUCCAGAGGUCGAGUUGCUGCCCAAGCUUGCUCCGCGUUCACUACCGCAGGCCGUACAGGCUGGUCCAUCGACCGACGUCCAACAAUCAGAGCCGCUAGUCUCGUGUCCCGGCCCACAGACAACGGGACCGGACGUGUCUGCAUCGAACUGCGCGACAGCUACAGCGGUGCCCGAAAUAGUCGACGGAGGUGACCGUCCAGUGGAGUCAUCGGUGAAACCCCAGGUGCUAUCCGAAGCUCCGAUUAGAGAUGCUGAGGCCACCGCGAGUGUGGUCUAUGAUCUUCCGGCAGCGGACAAUGCGGGGCCGUCUGGCGAGCCCGGCCAGGAUGCUGGCACGUUGACUCAAACAAUGUUCGAACAAGAGCAUCCCGUCCAGACGCCUGAGGUUAAUCUUGGGAGCGAUACGGGAUCAGUCAUAUCAUUCGACUACCUCUCCUCUACCAGUUCGGAAUCGGACGCCUUAUUUGCACAAGCUCGGGCUUUACCACACCCUUCGAACACAGCCGUGCAAUGCGAAAAUGCUGACGAGCGCGAAGAUGAGGCUUCCUCCGACUUGUACGAUUACAUCCAUGCUGACGAGCGAUCGACCGAUGUCAACGCGGGAGCGAUUUACGAGCGACCUGACAGCGUCAUCAGCUACGUUACAGAGACAGACCUAAAUUCGGCUGUCCUGUCCGCCAGUUCCUCAGCGCGACCAUCGGACUCCACUGCCACGCAGGCCUCUUCGUCGACCAAGGCAGUAAGAGACAUGGACGCGGAACAGCUUGACUAUCCCAAGGACACGAUGUCCGAGUCUUACGUCAGCGCGCCGCUCUCGGAUGCAUGCACCCGUGGCCUGUCUAUUCGCCCUGGAAGCAUUGACAUUAGCAUGGAAUCUGCUUCUUGUCCCGCAACCUCGCCAUCGCUGAUCGCGUCUGACACAUCGGCGGAUGCGCUGCCCGUCAGCACAGGACGAACCCGAGGCUCGACUUCGUCACGUUCUGAAGUGUCGGAGGACGUCACGAGCAUCAUAGUGUCCGUAGCAACGAGCACGAGUAGCCCAACUCCUGCUCCUUCGGAGCCAGUCGCGAGCGCUCUCCCUCAAGGAAGGUCCGCAGCCUCUGGCCCGUCCUGGCACUGUCGGAGUUGCGGAAAGGACCCGUGCGAAGAUCCGACGGCGACACAAUGUGGGCACAUCUUCUGCCAUAGCUGUAUUGUGAAGGAGAUCGCAGAGAAGCUGCAAUGCCCGGUCUGCCACAAGCUCUUCCUUUUGAGGCUUCACGCGGAAUGAGUCUCUCUUGUUGGAAGGCCGCAUGCAUCGUACGCUUUGUCUUGUUCUUGUCGAUCCCCGUCUGUCUUGUAUCAGGAUACUCUUGCAGAGUAUCCUGGUAGUUGUCAGUGUAUGGUUGUCCUACUCGACUCAUUACGCAACAUUGGAUUGUGUAAGCCCGAAGUCCGAAGUGCUUGUUGUUCACUUGUAUUUUGCCCCCGUAAAACGAUCUGUUACGUUCUCCGUUAUUUCGAUCUGUCGCCCCCAAGAUGGGCAAAUGUGGUGACCGCGAGUUGAGACCGAGACCCGAUGAAUUUACUCAUAUGUACCAG